UGUCUCAACUGCUUGUCAGAAACACACCACAACCCACGAUACAUCUUUUCAAUCACAUCCUUUGCUAGCGAUAUAUCUGUAAUUGAUGCGAGGCAACCUGGUGAUCAAUCAAUUAAUGAUUUACCAGCCAUAAUUUGUGGGCCGCUGCUGCCCUUUUCCCCCCAUCAUAUUCCGCUCAACAUGCACUUUUCGGAUGAGGAAGCUGCCCUUCUCAAGGAAUGGAUCGUAAAGCGCCUCGAGAACACAUCCGAUGCCGACCCCGAUGUUCUAGCAGACUAUGUGCUUGCGCUCUUGCGUCAUGACGGUAGCCCCGAGGAGGUUCGGAAGAUUUGUGAAGAGGAGAUUCCUGACUUCCUCAAAGAAGGUCGGUCACCUCCCGGACAUAUCAAUCCAUACACUUCCCUUGCGAUUCCUCCCGCGCUUCAUAUCAUUGCUAACGCUGUCCCUUUUUGCUACGCUCCAGAGUCAACCGUGUUCCUCGACGACGUAUUCGCAGCCAUAGCAUACAAGUCCUUCCUGCCAGGUGCUCCUCCGGCUCCCAAGCUACCGCAGGUUCAGGCACAACCGCCGCCACCACCACCACCACCACCACCUCAGAUCCCAGCCUCAGCGUAUUAUGCCACCGUUCCACCACCUCCGGCCGCAGCAGCCUUCGCCGCUCCUCACGGCAAUCAGUCGCGCAAACGACCGUAUCGCGAUUUCGACGACCCAAACUCACAAUCUAAUGGCGAGCGCACGUACGAUGGAGGAAGGGGCAAGCAAGCGCGACGCCAGAAUGGCUACCCGAGCACAAAUUCUGGCAUGCCAGGUGCCGGAGCGCAGGGUGUUGGUUUUGAGUACGACCCGCUGGCCAUGCUGGAGUCGAUGCAAGCCUUCAUGGCGCAGCAGCAACAAGCACUAGCUGCCGGUGGAACUGCGCCGAGAUUCCAGAGGUCAGGAAGGGGGCAAGGAUCCAGGCGAGCAAGAUGCAGGGACUAUGAUGCGCAGGGCUACUGUACAAGAGGUAACACGUGCAAGUUCGAACAUGGCCCUCCGGCAGGCUUUGACUUGGUGCCGCAGCCAGCUGGCCAAUUUGAUGGGUAUGAUCCUACAAAUGCGGCAUUGCUGUUACCUCAAGGUAAUGGUCAGAUGCCAAUGGACCUUCCUCCGCUGCCAGGUUUCCCCUUCAAUGGCAGACAACCCCAGUUUCCUAUGGAAAAUCGCCAGGCAAAAGCGCCCAAAGGCAAAGGUGGAAGACGCUCACAGCUAUCGGCUGAGGGCCCUGUUCACGAUAAGAGCCGCUCCACCAUAGUGGUUGAGAACAUUCCCGAAGAGAACUUCACCGAGGAGGAUGUCAGGGGAUUCUUUUCCCAGUUCGGAACCAUCGUUUCGGUGUCUAUGCAGCCUUACAAAAGGUUGGCAGUGGUUGAAUACGAGACCUGGGCAUCGGCAAACGCGGCAUAUAGGUCACCAAAGGUGAUAUUUGACAAUCGCUUCGUCAGGGUAUUUUGGCGCAAGGAGGACGAUGAUGAACAGCUGGGGAAACCUGCGGGAACCAACGGAAAUUCCGGCGGAAACAACACCGAAAUCGCACACACAGCAAACGGUGGUAAUCCCGAUACGAGCGAAGAACAUCAUGCUGCAGAGCCUGAGGUGGACAUGGAGGAGUUUGCGCGCAGGCAGGAGGAGGCGCAAAAGGUAUUCGAGGAGAAGAAACGGAAGAGGGAGGAACUGGAGCGUCAGCGCCAGGAUUUGGAGCAGCGGCAAAAGGAGCUUCAUGAGGAGCGUAAGAAGCUCAGGGCCAAGCUUGCCGCUCGGGGCGCGGGCAACCGACAUAACCGUGAAUUGUCACCAGAGGUCACUUUCUCCACGGAUGCCGGCUCAUCUUCUAAGCCCGAGAGUGAAGAGACGAGGGCUCUACGUGCAACCCUGGCAGCAUUAGAAGAGGAGGCAAGGUCCAUGGGUCUCAACCCGGAAGAAUCGGCAGAAACGUCGUCCUGGCCUCCUGCAUAUCGCGGUCGCGGUGGGUACAGGGGCCGCGGUCGUGGGGGUUAUCCUUUCGCACCGCACCAUAGCACGUACCCACCGAGAGCUGGGUUUCGGGGAGGACACCGAGGUCGGGGGAGGGGCAACCAUCACGCCGCAUACGCCAUGUAUUCGUUGGAUCAUCGACCCAAGCGGGUCGCCGUGUCUGGCGUUGAUUUCUCCACGGCGGACAAGGAUGAGGCCCUCCGACAGUACCUUCUUGGGGUCGGCGAGUUCAAGGAGAUCCAGGUACAGGAUGGUGGCGUGGCGCAUGUUUCCUUCAGCGACCGGAAAACGGCAGAGACUUUCUACUACGGCCUGGUUAGCGGCAAAGGCAUACCCGGCAUAGAAGCGCCAAUCGAGCUGGCCUGGGUUCCCAACUCGGCCGCCGAGACGACGGCAAGCAGCUCGAAACCGAGCCCUGGACACCAGGGUCCCGAGGCCAGAGAUGCGGCAGAUGGUAACGACGAUGCAAUGAACGACGGCACCCAGGAUCAUGGUUCCCCGCGAGACAGCAAUGGAGACGAUGAUGAUGAUGAUGAUGAGAACAUGGACUACGAAGCGGCUGACGACAUGGGGAACUGGGAUGUCGCCUAAUUUUCGAUCCAUUGAGUUGUCCCCAAGGCCUCUGGAGUAUCGGCACGUUUUGGCUACAGGGUUGAUUGAUGUAGGGCAUUCAGAGGAGAAUAGCAUUUAAUUGCCACCCAGUCACCCUCAAAACGUUAAAAAAAAAAUAACUAAAAAAAUAAAAUAAAAACAUGUUAAGAAACUCAGUAAUAAGCAUACCUAUUGGUUAUGUAAUUUUCUAUGCCAUCAGGGUAUCUCAAGCCCAAACUAACGAGCUUAUCCUCAUAUGUUCGUCGAGCAGAAAG